AUGCUUGAUACAUCGUCUGAGAACAUUUCGUUUGAGCCAGUUCAGCAGAGAACCUUAAACGCGGUCGUUCCUCGGACAAUUCCCCCAAGUGUCCUUUCAAGGCAUCACCAAUAUGCGGCGGCCAUGGGACCAGACGGCCACCGGACACCGGCUACUAUGCAGGUACCGUCGCUUGACGGUUGCUCCCACGGGAACGUCAAUUUCUUGGUCCUGCGGCUUGCUACGGAGACUUCUCAGGGACCAGUCCUGGAGGAUGGGUGCUGCGCUGCAAGCAAUACAAGCAAUUGGUCCCAAGAUCACGGAUUCGACGAUCCCCCAUCAAUCGGCAACUUGGGAAUAAUACCCUUAGCGGCGACAUGCCGGCAAUUUAUGGAUAAAUUACCCCUGCCUUCGAGGAGCAGCCGCAAGCCGACAACAGCUCGACAAGUAUGUGAUUCGAAAGCUGCGUACUUCAAGGAGGCUUUCGGAUACAGCUACCGGUAUCAUCUACGUGUAUAUCGGUCUGGUCCUAUUACAGGCCAUGCAAUUAUUGCUGUUACCGAGGCUGUCACUGCCGUUGAUCGAAAAGUCGGCCCGGUUGAAAGACACUACGGACAAGAGGAAGCACGAAGGCGGCUGACUACCUACCUAUGUCUCGAACGCGACCAUCGACUUGCGAUCACGGGCAAGACCCUGCAAUCCAAUGCUAAAUGGCUAAAUGCAUCGGGUGCCCUGGGUGGCGCCGGUCAACGACGUGGUAUCCUGGCAGAAACCCCCAUUCUUCUCCAACAGUCAAACUUGGACACGGUGCGAUUCUCAGCGUUGUCGGAACUCGAUCAUUAUGCUGGGUAUGAGCUGCUCAAGUGUCGUACCACUGACAGGCCUGGUGUGCGAGGCCUUCCCCAACACCCCCCACCGCUGUUCACACCCACGCUCGGAAGCACCCACGUGAACUCUUCACCUGGCAAGGAUCCUGACGAAAGCCUUAGCACUCUCGAGUCCUCUUUACAGGGCGGGAUGGAAUGCAAAGUCGGGCUGUUCCGCUUCAUCAUGGAUCGACUGACAGUCGAGCAGCAGUAUCGACGGAAGAAUCUUGGCCCUCAUGGUGACCCUCCGCACAGAGCACGCCCACGAAUCCACACCCUCAAUGACCUUGGGGAGGGUGGGUCUAUGGGUACUCAGAGAGGAGCGGUUCUCGGCCGACCAAGUUACGAGAGAUUCGCAUGCACCCGCUGUCGCCCCAUUGCUGCGGAAUUCAUCCCGCCGGUACAAGGACUGAUCGCGCUGAAAGCGACAUAUGGCGUCAAGAGGCAUAUCACGUUGCCAUUACUCACCGUCGCAAAAGGCCCGUCUAGCUUUUGGUACCAGGCCCGCAACCCGUGUCCUCAAAAUAACGCCAAUGGCACGGUGGAAAGCUUUACCGAGGGUGUCUCUCUCAGCAGGGGUCGCUCCUCGACAAAGUUGCAUCGACGGGACGGAGGUGUCUGCACUUUCGGUUUGGCCUACCGCCUCAUCGCAGCAAACUUUGCCGGCCCAGCAACGGCACGGCACACGGAAACACACGGAAUAGAAAGUGUACGGAGUAUACCUGGCGAGUCACGGAAGCGUCAUGCCGGGUUUAAGUCGAGUCGCCAUGUUCCCAGCGCCCACAUUCUAGUGGUAAAGACGACCGAUUUUAGCUUAGCGAUGAGUCGUCCACCUCGGCCUUUCUUCCCCGCAGCAGUCGACUACCGGCAAAAGCUGUCCGUCUUUUUCAGCCUCCUGUCCGAAAAUUCAGCCAUUGACGUCAACUGA